AUCACUGAGAAUUUCGAAAUGACCUCACCCUGCUGGCUCCUGAUACUCAGUGACAAGAUUUUCCUCGAACAUUAUCCCCCGGCCAGGCCCUGCGAAAACACAUUCCACCUGACAUUCAACACCGAGAUGCUCGUCGCUCGACCUCCACAUCCGGUCAUUCAGGAAUGGUACUGGCUGGUCGACAGGGUAAAAAAGGAGGAUCUAGCGAUCUGGGAUUUGGACACAGGGUUCGUUCUGGGGAACAACAUGAGCCUCUAUCAGCGAAGAAGUAAUCUAGAGAAUUCAAGAAUCUCUGUGACGGUAGUGGAUAACCCUCCGAUGAUAACAUUCGCCAAAGACUCGAUUGGCGGACUGUUUGGCGGAAUGCUGAUGGAGCUGAGCAAAGUCGCCAAUUUCACCGUCGAGUUUGUCGAACCCAAGGAAAUGUCCUACGGGAGCUGGAACGAGGACGAAAAACGUUGGACGGGGAUGAUGGAACUUCUGACAAAUCGGAAGGCCAGCAUAGCGGCGGCCGAUUUCACCAUCACAAGACCGCGUUUGGAGUCCGUGGAUUUUUCUCUGCCGUUGUUAUCGACAAGAAACAAGUUGUACAUCAGGAAACCCGACGGUGGAAUUCAGUGGUCGGCUUACUGGCAGGCUUUCGCUCCUGGGAUAUGGAUCCUGGUAGAAGUCCUGAUUUUUGGUACAACGAUGCUCCUCACUCUGAUCGCUGCCGUUAAUAAAUUCAGGUCGAUCACCAUAGACGUGUUCACAAACUACCUCCUACUCGUCUUUGGAAUAUAUUGUCAGCAGGGAUUGCCCGAAUUUCCGUCCGAUUCACCAUCGCGUAUCGCCUAUUUCUCCAUAUUUCUGUCAGCCUUGGUAGUUGCCGCGGGUUAUUCGGCCGCCCUGAUAAGCUAUUUGACAGUGACCAGCAUAGCCCUGCCCUUCUCAACCAUGGAAGGAUUUGUCAAGGAUGGAACUUACGAUUUAAUAGUAUUCCGAGACGGCGCCGAGUACGACAUGUUCGCAACGACGACUGAACCGACGAUGAUGAAAAUGUGGGGCAUGAUGAAGCACAGAGACCUGCUGCCAGAGACGUUGCUGGAAGGAUUCCAGCAGGUAUGCGAUGAAAAAGUUGCUUUCUACAUGCCAGCAGUGCUUGCAGACACGGUCAGCAUCUAUUUGCCGUGUAAAGUCGUCGGCAUAGACACCAAACGAAGCAUGAGUCUAGCCAUGGCGUUAUCCAAGGGAAAUCCCUACAAUGGACUGAUAAAUUAUCACGUUCAGAGGUUUCGGGACCACGGUAUUUUGGGUCGUUUAAAAGACCUUUACGGAAGGCCGCAGAAUCCGUCAACCGUCUCGCCACAUUCGGAGGUUACAGUGUGGGGCGUGAUGCCGGUUCUCGCAGUUUUGGCGGGGGGUAUGAUUUUCUCGAUUCUGGUUUUAUACCUUGAGAAAAUAUGUUUCUCUAAUCGGAAACGAUGGGUAAAAGAUAAAGAGAAGAGACUGGCGAACAUCAGGAGCAAGGAGAUCACGAAAAUCCGACUGCGCAACAGACCUGGGAGACUUCCACCGCCGCCAAAAUUUUACCCUUGA